GGGAGAGCCGAGCCGGAAGUGACGCGCGGGCGCUGGUGUCGGCGCCGGUUCCUUGGGUCGGAGCAAGAUGACAGGCUGCCGAGUUCCUCGCAAUUUUUGUUUGUUGGAAGAACUUGAAGAAGGCCAGAAAGGUGUAGGUGAUGGAACUGUGAGCUGGGGCCUCGAGGAUGAUGAAGAUAUGACACUCACACGAUGGACAGGAAUGAUUAUUGGGCCACCCAGGACUUGCUUUGAAAACAGAAUAUAUAGCCUGAAAAUAGAGUGUGGAACUAGAUAUCCAGAUGUAGCUCCAACUGUUAGAUUUGUAACAAAAAUAAAUAUGAAUGGAAUAAAUAAUUCCAAUGGACUGGUGGAUUCACGUAGCAUACCAGUUCUAUCUAAGUGGCAAAAUUCCUAUAGUAUUAAGGCUAUACUUCAAGACCUACGACGUAUGAUGACAUGCAAAGAGAAUGUGAAGAUCUCACAGCCCCCUGAAGGACAAACUUACAGCAAUUAAUUUUAAUGGAUCCAAAACCUCCUCUCUCUCAAAAACCUCACUUCCUAUUCAUGUCUUGUCAAUUUUCCUCAAUACUAAAUGCCCACAAAACAUGACCAGGAUAUCUGUAAAUCUUGAAAUGUACGCCCACAAUAAUGUUCCGAGCCACAAAUAAAUCCAAUAGUGGUGUAGAGUAACUUAUUUUCUCUUAUCAAGGCAAUGGUGACAUCGGUGAUCUAAAAGCCAUUUGGAAUCUUGGCUUCCACUUGGAUGGGGGGAGGGGUAAAGAUGAGGGAGUGAAACCAAGACAUUUAUUGCCUGAUCAUAGCAGAUAUAUAUGUUACACAAGAUUAUUGGUUAAUAAAGACAGUAGUUGGUGUAUAUAAUGGCAUGCUCUGGAACUCAUCGAUGAAAAAGAGCUGUAUUAAAAGAAAACUUUAGGUUGUUGUGUAUGUUAUGCAAACUAAACUCAUUCAAUAAGAAUUGUUGGAAGUUUUUGCUCAUUAUUUUGCUGCAUUGUGGUGCAGAUUAAUUGUAAUGUCAGUGUGUUGAGGAUUGUUUUAAUAUUUGUAUUUAUGAAAAUGACUUUCUGUUAAGCAGCUCUUGUGUAUCAAGUAAUAUUGCAUUUGUUUACAGUCUGGUUCUACCAAAACAUGCAUUUAGAAUUUGCAAGAAAAGAAUAUUGGUGUAUAGUUAGGACUUUCUAAAAUUUAAAGCUAGUCUUGAAGAUGUGAAUAAGAAGCAGCGAAAUGCUCCUCGUUUCAGUCUCUGAAUUGGGUAAUUAAUUAUUGUUUGACCAAAUACUUUUUUUUUUAAAGUUUAGUGGUAAAAUCAUUCAGGUGGUCACAGUUUGAGAACUUUUUUAUUCAUUUCAAAUUUGUGAAAUAAGGACUUACUCUUCACCUUUCAAAAGCAUUUUGUUUCUGGAGGGCAAAAUUACCUGGCUAGUUAAUUUACUAGGCUGUCAUACUUUCCCUUUAGAAUACACAGAAAAAUGAUAAAUCUCUGACUCAAAGCUGCUACUGAUCCUGUCAAAAGAAAAUCGGGUAGAGUACAACUAUCUGAAGUUUACUUUCUCUCGUGAGAGUAUCUCACAAAUUUGCUGUAAUUGAUAAAGACUGUUUCCCAUUCAAGUUUGUGAAAAACUUAAGGUGGGUGUAUUCAUUUAAUAAACAAUAAUGUUUAAAA